AUGGGUAGAGGGAGGGUUGAGCUGAAGAGGAUAGAGAACAAGAUCAAUAGGCAGGUUACAUUUGCAAAGAGAAGAAAUGGGCUGCUCAAGAAGGCUUAUGAACUCUCUGUGCUCUGUGAUGCUGAGGUUGCUCUUAUCAUCUUCUCCAAUAGGGGCAAGCUUUAUGAGUUUUGCAGCUCAUCCAACAUGCUCAAAACACUUGAAAGGUAUCAAAAAUGCAGUUAUGGAUCUUUAGAAGUCAAUAAUCCUGGGAAAGAGAUUGAGCAAAGCAGCUAUAGGGAGUACCUAAAACUGAAAUCGAAGUACGACUCUUUGCAACGAUACCAAAGGCAACUUCUUGGGGAUGACUUAGGACCUCUAAACAUCAAUGACCUUGAGCACAUUGAACAUCAAUUAGAGACAUCAUUGAAGGACAUUAGGUCUACAAGGACACAGGUUAUGCUGGAUCAACUUUCUGAUCUUCAAGCUAAGGAGAAGAUGAUGCUUGAUGCAAACAAGGCUUUAGAAAGAAAGCUGGAAGAUAUAUAUGCUGCAAAUCAUCUACAACAGUCAUGGGUUGGAGGAGGAGGAGAACAAAGCAACACAUACACUCAUCAUCAUCAUCAUCAUCAAGAUCCUCAUUCUCAGGCUUUCUUUCAGCCACUUGAUUGCAACUCCACUCUUCAGAUUGGGUACAGUGACCCAGUGAGUUCUAACCAGAUGACAGCAGCAGCAGCAGCUCAUGAUGCACAAAACGUCAAUGGGUUGGUCCAUGAUUGGAUGCUCUGA